GUUACUUAAUAGUCUCAGUCUCACUUUUUAGUUUUCUCAUCUUACGAAGGGUUCUAUCCGGGCCCUUUACUUUUUUGCAACAUGGUUCUCAGAGAAUUCCUAUCAAAACCUUUGGAUAGCCUCUGCACUGAUGAACAACUUGAUCUUCUAAACUCUAUUGAUACCCUUCGAUCCCAGGGCAUUAGCCAUUAUGUGUCUCUGCCGCAAAUUAUUGUGUGCGGUGACCAGUCAUCUGGGAAGAGCUCUGUACUCGAAGCAAUUUCUGGAGUUUCUUUUCCUGUCAAAAGCAACCUCUGUACCAGAUUUCCGACAGAGCUUGUGCUUCGCAAAGAUUCUAGUGUCGGAGUUAGAGUGUCUAUCGUACCUCAUGAUUCGCGCAGCGAAGCGGAACAACUGUCGCUGGGGAGCUUUUGUGAAGAGCUUGACGGAUUCGAUGGGCUUCCUCGACUGAUCGAUAAUGCCAAAGCUGCAAUGGGCAUAUCUACACAUGGGAAAGCAUUCUCUAAUGAUCUGCUACGAGUCGAGGUGUCAGGGCCUGACAGACCGCACUUGACCAUCGUCGAUCUUCCGGGACUGAUACACUCUGAGACAAAACAACAAUCUGCAGCUGAUGUUCAGUUGGUCCAGGAUGUGGUUCAGUCAUAUAUGAAAGAGCCGCGAAGCAUUAUUCUAGCAGUGAUCUCGGCGAAAAAUGACUACGCGAACCAGAUCGUGUUACGGCUGGCAAGGGAUGCUGACAAGGCGGGCAAUCGAACCUUAGGCGUCAUCACGAAACCUGACACCCUGACUGCAAAUUCGGAAAGCGAAAGAAUGUUCAUAUCUUUGGCAAACAACAGGGAUGUUGAAUUCAGGCUCGGAUGGCAUACGCUGAAGAAUAUGGAUACCGACAAAGGGACUUGGACACUUGGGGAACGGGAUGAAAAGGAGCGUGACUUUUUCUCCAAGGGAGCCUGGGCGGAAAUGCCAUCUUCGUUGGUUGGAAUUACUUCGCUGCGAACCCGUCUCAGCAAAUUACUUCUGCGACAAAUUGCGGCUGAGCUUCCAAGCCUCAUUGAGGAGAUAAAAACAAAGGAGGACGAAUACGUACACCAAUUGAAGAAGCUUGGCCAGCCAAGGGCCACUCUAGAUGAGCAAAAGUCCUACCUUAUGAACAUCAGCCAACGUUUUCAAUCUUUGAUCAAGGCCGCUGUUGAUGGCACUUAUAACGAAACGUUCUUCGAAGACACCCAAUCAACUAUAGGAUGUCAAAAGCGAAUUCGCGCUGUUAUCCAGAAUCUAAACGAGGCAUUCGCAGAUCGUCUCAAUAGACGAGGUCACUACCGCCAAAUCAAAGAGAAUGACAGUCAACCCGAGCCCUUCAUCAAGGGGCAGGUCUCAGUCACUAGAAGCGGCUUCAUUGAUCACAUUCAGGAGCUGAUGAAGCAGACAAGAGGACGAGAGCUGCCCGGCACGUUUAAUCCGAUGAUUGUCGGGGAACUCUUCCUGGAACAAUGUCGUCCGUGGGAAGCUAUAACACGCCAACAUAUUCUUACGACCUGGAAGGCAACUCAAACAUUUUUGUUACUCUUGAUAGGCCAUAUUUCCGAUGAAGCAACUUCAGUGGUUCUUCUCGCUGAAGUCAUCUCCCCUGCACUAGACCAACUACGGGAGGUUCUGGUAAGGAGAUGUAACGAACUUCUCGAAACCCAUCAAAAAGGCCACCCAAUUACCUAUAAUCACUAUUUCACGGAGACCUUACAGAAGAUCCGCGCUAGCAGGCGCGAAGGCGAGCUGAGUGAAGCUAUUGAACGCUUCUUCGGGGUCAACGAUCUACAAAGGGCCGUUGCACUCAAUGGAAUAUACCGUCUGCAGGAUCUCCUUCAGUCACUUCUACAGUCUAGUGAGCCAGAUAUGAUGAGAUUUGCUUCGGCUGAAGCUUUAGAUUGCAUGCUCGCCUAUUAUAAGGUGGCAUUAAAACGAUUUAUCGACGAUGUCGCGGUUGAGGUUAUAGAGGUCCAAUUGAUUAAAUCUCUUACUUCUCUAUUCGAGCCCGUUAAAGUAUUCAAUAUGCCACCAGAGCUGGUGUCACGCAUCGCCGGCGAAUCCGAGGAAUCCCGUGCACUACGAGAACAACUGAAUAGAAAAAUACAUAUUCUUGGAAAAGGCUUAGAAACCUGCCGACGCUUUGUCGGCAGUCGAGGUAUGGGUACGGAUGAAAUAGAAGGCGCACGCCGACUCGAUGGCAAGUCUCGGGACCGGUUUGAUCAUACUUCGUUGCGCAUUGAGCUUGCGAACCAUGACGGCUCAGAUGCUUCCGGUAGCUCACAUAACGAACCUUCUGAGAUUGAUUACGAACGGGAUCAACCUGUCAGCGAAGACUCCGUGAUACCCGCUUGUGAUCCUCAGCCUGUGGAUCUGAAUGAAGAAUUUGAUCAAGCUACAGCGGCUCCAGCAAUCAUGGGGUAUGAAGAUGUUUCGACUGAGACUGCUGCCCAAGUGGAGGACCCCUAUUGCCUAAGCUCUACAACGAGAAAGAAGAGCAAGAAUAAGAAGUCGAAGUAUGGAGUAUGAAAGUAAUGCAGUUCUUGUGAUGAUACUCUUUAUCUGGCUUUUAUCGAAUGAUUGAGUUAUUGAUUUAGAUAGUUUUUUAUGCAGCCGAAAAGCUUUCCGG